AUGACCAGGAUUACUCCGUACGAAGCAGAAGACGAAGAAAUUAUAUUAAGAGCGCCGGAGAAGCCCUCAACUCUAUCCUCCCUGGCGAAAUGCUACCUGUCUGAUAUCAAACGUAGACAAAACAGACAGCAGGCAAAACAAGCCCGUAGAUACGAUAGCAAGGCAAGGCCCCAGACACUGCCAGAGACGCAGAGACGCAGAAACGGCGAGAGACCUGUGAAUGCGAGAGAGAAAAAAAAAGCAAAGAAGCGAGACGAGAGACAGGCCGAGAUGUCCUUCCAGCGUUUUCUGCUUCUUGUUACAGACGAGGAAGAAAAAAAAAAAAAAAAAAAAAAAAAACAAACAUCCUGGAGCGUCUGCUGUCUCACUAAGGAAAAGGAAGAAGAAGAAGAAGAAGAAGAAGAAGAAAACACAAAACACAACAGGAACAACUGCCGCCGCCGCCGCCGCCUGCUGCAUCUUCUGCUUGCUUGUUAUCUAUCACCUGGGUUUGCCUCCGUCGUCCCGCGAGAGAGCAGCAGCAAGCAGCAGCAGCAGCCGGCACACGGGAAGCGACUCUCAAUUCGGCGGCUGGCGAUGACGAGCGAGCAUCACUCGCAGUAG